GUUCCACUGGCAACAUUUGGCAUGAGCAGAAGCGGAAGCAAAGCGUCAAUGCCAGCAGGGAUGUCCUAGGGUGUGGUGGCUCGCUUCUUUAGCUCGUCAGAGUGGAAAGAUGCUGGCUAAAAGGGAUGCAGGCCUUGCACGGCGUGCUCUUUCUCAGCUCAGAGAAGGGCGCCGGCUUUCUUACCAGUUGCUAGGAGGAACAAGUGCAAAUGAGUUGCAGGAACCAGACUCUUUGAAUAGGCUGGACGGAGAAUCAGUGGCGAGGCAUCAUCGGCCACUUCCGGCGAAAUUAUGUGACAGGGUGUCGCGACAUGUGUGUCUUCAGCCAUCCACUUCAGGGCGUGACUAUCAAGGGACUGCAUCCUCAAAGCUUAGUCUCAUCGGCCUUGUGCCGCGAUUGUCUAGUGAAGAGUCGUUCGUGUACCCGACAAGCGGCACAAACCGAGUGCAUACCACCAUUUGCAGAGGGUUUGCUGCGAAUGCUGGGGCGCCUCGCUCCGUUCCUUCCUCAGGCCCCUCCCUCCAAGAUUUCAUUCAGUCAAGUUAUCGUCCAUCAGAUCGUCACCCCACUCUAGAUAGAGACACGAACCUGCCACAAACUCCAUACCUGAGGGGGCAGCCUAGACUUGGUGGUGGUCGAGUGUACUUUGAGACUUACGGCUGCCAGAUGAAUGUGAGCGACAUGGAAACUGUACUGGCUAUCAUGAACGGGGCGGGCUUCGACAAGAGAGCGGAGAGAGCUGAAGAUGCUGAUGUCAUCUUCGUCAUGACGUGUGCAAUUCGAGAGAACGCUGAGCGGAAGAUUUGGCAGCGACUUGGAUAUUUCAAAAACCUGAAGAGGAACUGGCGGCAGGACUGGAAAAGCGGGCCCGGGGCGCAUCUUGCUCAGCGACCGCCCAAGGUCGCCGUUUUGGGCUGCAUGGCGGAGCGCCUGAAGACGAAGCUCCUGGAGGCUGACAAGCUCGUGGACGUUGUGUGUGGACCUGACGCCUACCGGGACCUGCCCCGCCUGCUCGCGCAAGUCGACCGGGGCCAGACGGGGGUCAACGUCAUGCUCUCGUUGGACGAGACCUAUGCUGACAUCACUCCUGUCAGGAUCUGCGAAAACUCCGUCUCCGCUUACGUUAGCAUCAUGCGCGGGUGCGACAACAUGUGCUCCUACUGCAUCGUACCAUUCACGCGCGGCCGGGAGCGCUCCCGCCCGCUCGCGUCCAUCGUGAGGGAGGUCGGGGAGCUGUGGGACCAGGGCGUCAAGGAGGUGACGCUCCUCGGACAAAAUGUCAACAGCUACCGAGACCUCGCCUCCCCCGCCCCUCCUUCCGAGCAACCCAACUCUCUCUCUGCUUCACAAAACCCCUCUCACUUCCCCGCCUCUUCCCCGGGGCCUUCCCCCGGGCACUCCGAGCAGCCCUCGCCAACCCGGUUUGCCUCCCCCGAGCUGAGCCCGGGGUUCAAAACCAUCUACAAGCCCCGUACCGGGGGGCUCACUUUCGCGCACUUGCUCGACACGCUCUCGGCCGCGUUUCCGGAGAUGCGGUUCCGGUUCACUUCCCCGCAUCCGAAAGACUUCCCGGAUGAGCUGAUUGCGUUGCUGCGGGACCGACCGAACGUGUGCAAGGCGAUCCACCUGCCUGCACAGAGCGGCAGCUCCAGUGUGCUGGAGCGCAUGCGGCGGGGCUACACACGGGAAGCAUACCUGGCGCUAGUCGACCGGAUUCGACGGGAGGUGCCGGACAUCUCAAUCAGUAGCGACUUCAUCUCAGGCUUUUGCGAAGAAACAGAAUCGGAUCACCGGGACACGCUGUCGCUGCUGGACGCGGUCCGGUACGACAUGGCGUACAUGUUUGCGUACAGCGUCCGAGAAAAAACGCACGCCCACCGGCGCUUCGAGGACAACGUCACAGAUGACGUCAAGAAGCGGCGGCUGGCCGAGGUUAUUGACACGUUUCGACGGAGGGCCGUCGAGCGGCAAAAAGCGCAGGUGGGCACGUGCCAGCUGGUUCUGGUGGAGGGCCCCAACAAGCGGAAUCCGGAGACGGAGCUCGUCGGAACCACGGACGGCAAUUACAAGGUUAUCUUUCCUAAGCAGCCAAUCUCGGAUGAAGAGGGUGGGCUUUUGGCAAGCGCUCCCAUGGUGCAACCGAAUGCCGGCGAUUAUGUCGCCGUCUUUAUCACGGACGCUCAGACCGCGACGCUUGGCGGACGUCCGCUCAGGCGUACGAGCAUUACACAGUGGUCCGAAAGUCAAUUUAGAAAAAGCGGGGUCGAGGAAACGAUUGAAGCAUGCGCCUGACUCAAGGACUUGACGAGGGAUGCGCUGGAAGUGAUUGAUUUGGCAAAGGAGACGAUCAGGAGGUUCUUGCGAAGUAGCUUUCAACUAUUGACGGCAUUUCUGUGAUUCGACUCGGGGAACGCGUUUGCUGCGCUAACAACAAUAGAAGGGAUGUGCCGUUUGCUCGUAUACAGAAGUACUUCAGCGAGCUUCUACAAUGUAAAGAUACUCAGAAGAGUCUUUAUGUGGCCUUAAGUCAUGAGGUACGGAACAAUGUCUUAUAGCAGCUCGUUUGCACGUCAUGGGCUCGCGGACUCAAAGUAAAUAUGCGCAUCAAUGCGUGGUGCACUGAAUUGAAU